CUUUUCUUACACCCUGGCCCCCAUCGCUGUGACGGUUGGGCAGGGGAAAGCCCUCUUUGCGCGCUCUUGGUAAGCGAGAGCAAGUACAAUACCUCCCGGGGGAGGGCCCUGCCCCUGCUGGUACUCGUGCGGCCAGGAGCUGCGGCCAGGAGCGUGCUGCUGAUGCUUCUCCCACUCGCACCAGGGAGCUGCCGCCCGCGGGGUGUCACCCCUCCCGCCCUGGGCCGCGUUCCCCCCACCGGAUGCUUGGCACCAGCGGCAUCCGUCUGUGGUGCAGGGGAUGGGUCCGGGGCACAGGAGCCCCCGCCUGCCCCUGUCUUUGCUUCCCUGCCCAGGGGAGCAGGGCCAGGGCCAGACCCCAGCCAGCGCUCGGCAGGGGAGGGAGCACCAGGGAAGGGCCAUCCCCAAGGGGCAGUGGGGCAGAGCCAGCCCCCGCUGCCACCUCUGUGCAAGGCGCCGUGCAAACGCGCCCAUGGCACCCGUCCCCAGGGCAAGGCCGGAGGGGGGGCACGAGGCACAACCAAGCUGGGAGGCAGCCCCCAGCCGGGCCUUGGGCACUGUGGGGCUGGGUGCGUGCCCGUGGGGCUGGGUGCGUGCCCGUGGGGCUGGGUGACUGCCCAGGGCUCUGUCCUUGGGGAUGGGGAAGGCUGGGGUGGGUGGAGGGCGCUCACCAGGACCGGUCGGCAGCAGCCUCCCUGCCUUGAGGCUGCGCUUGCUGGAGCCGAGGCCGGGCUCUGCCUGACCCCACUGGGUGCUGCCUGGGGCCCACCACUGGUGCGUGCCCACAGCGGGUGCCGGCUGGGGCCAAGCUGCUGCCCCGGGGCUUGGCUGCUCCCCUGUCCUCCCUGGGAGGCUGUGGGGCUCAUCCUGCAGCUUGGAGGAUGCCUCCCAGGCCCCUGCCCCUGUCCUGGGCUGAGCCCUGCUCCGUCCCAGGGCCAAGUCUGCUCCCUCUGGCCCUGGCCCCGGCCCUGGCCCCUGCCCACCGCCCUCCCCCAGUGGUUGCGGCCGGAGCUCCGCCAAGCCCAGGUCCCGCUCCCGCUGCCCCGUCCACGCCGAGCCGCUGGCCUUGGCCGCCGGCACCGUCCUGGGAGGCAGCUGCUACCCCGAGGCCGACCCGGGACUCGCCUGCUGACGGCAGAGGAAGGUGCGCGUCCAGGAGGGGCAGGGAGGGAGGCAGGGCGGGAUGCGAACAGCCCCUCGGGGCCUUGCUUUACGCCAGAGUAAUAUAUACGUGUAUGUUGACAGUACAGGAAGGGCUACAAAGGUGUUUUUCGUUUCCUAGGUGGUAGUUAGACAAUUACACUGUUGCUUUGAGAUAAGUGAAAAAUUCCUCUAAAUGACUAAGUGCCUGCACUUCCCCGCGGCUGCUCCCGGGCGCGGGGACGGGAUCCCGGCAGCGGGGGCGGCGGACGGGGCGCUGCUCUGCCCCCGCCGUCGGCAUUGUCGCCGCCUCGGCCGGAGCCGGCCGGGGAGCGGUGCUGGACCCCCGGGAGGGCCGGGGAGGCCUCAAGGAGCCCCCCCGGGGCGCGCUCCCAGCGGGGGCUGCGGGCUGGAGCCGGGGCCGGCGGCGCUGCUCGCGGUGGCGGAGACCUGCGGAUGCUUUCUGGAGAAGGGGUUGGAGAUCCACUGAGCGGCAACUGUUGACGCGUCUGCCAACUCUUGAUUUUUUUUUUUGUCAUUUCAUAAAACUUUUAAAUCCAAUAAAGCAUGUAGUAUAUUUUAC